CACCCCAUAACCAUUCACCUAACAUAUAGUAUUAGUAACAUAAAUAUAUAUAUAUAUAAGUAUAAAUAAUUAACUUACCCUCUUAGUCUUAGUACAUAUUUAAGGCCUCAACACUCUACUCCCAAGUUUGUUUCACACCAUUAUUCUAGCCUAGCUAGAUCCUCUUCAAAUGGCUCAGCAGAAGGUUGUGUUAAAGGUUUUGACUAUGACUGAUGAUAAAACAAAGCAGAAAGCUAUUGAAGCAGCUGCAGAUAUAUUUGGAGUUGAUUCAAUAGCAGCAGAUAUAAAGGAGCAGAAGCUAACAGUGAUUGGACAAAUGGACACAGUGGCAAUUGUGAAGAAGCUCAAGAAAGUUGGCAAGGUUGAUAUCAUAUCUGUUGGACCUGCCAAAGAAGAGAAGAAGGAAGAGAAGAAAGAAGAAAAGAAAGAGGAGAAGAAAGAAGAGAAAAAGGAAGAGAAGAAGGAGGAAAAGAAGGAAGAAAAGAAAUGAAAAAAAAAAAUCCCCAAUACUUAUCUCAUUGGUCUUAUCACAAUUCUUCACCCUUUUAUUUUUAUUUUUUAUUUUUAAUUGGUUUGCAUAUUUUUCUUAUAUUCAGAAGCCAUUAUAAGAUGCAUAGUUGUCUAUAGUUUUUUUUCCCCCUUCUUCUUCUCAAAUCUGCUGUUUCCUGCAUAAAUCAAUUGCCAAGAUGCAAAUGAGUUUUUUAAUAGAGUAUUCCCAAAAUUUGACUAACAGAGAAUAAAUAUUAGACAAUGUUUUUCAAUUUUCAUAGGAUAAAAUAGUUUCUUUUCCUAUUCUCUCCAUUUAUUUUUUCUAUUUUCCUUUUAGCAUUUUUCCAAUAUAAGAGAAGCUUUGGUAAUUGACAAGCUGCAAAUUUCAGAUAGCUCUAGUUUUCUACUUAUUAAUUGUUGCAAGAUAUUUUAUUUUAGUUUAUUAUGCAAAUGGCUAUUAGGGUAUUGUUAUUGUGACUAUGACAACAUCUAUAUCUCUUUUAUUCAUAAUUUCAUAUCAUACGGUUAUGAAUUGUGGUAAAGUUUGGUUAUGUAAUAAGGCCAAGAAGUUAUUUGGCCAUCACGAAGUUCCUUUCC